AUGUAUCGUCCACGGCUUCUGGGCCAGGGCCUUCGAGGCUUCGCCCAUGCCCGGACGAGUCGCCGAACCUACACUACCGAUGCCGACGUUGAAUCCGCAAGACGGUACUGCUAUACACAGCUACAAAAUAGCGACUAUGACGCCCAUCUCAUCCGCCGCUUCGUCCCCUCCCCCGUCCAAGACACAUACGCCGCCCUCCGAACCCUCAACCUCGAGCUUGUCCGCCUCCCCGAGCUCGUCUCUAACCCCACGAUCGGGACCCUGCGCAUGAAGUUCUGGCAGGAGUCCAUCGACAACACUUUCGCCGGCCAUCCUCCCCGCGAACCCAUCUGCAUCCUGCUGCACAAGAGUCUCCAAGACUUGGAGGCGCGCGCCGGGACCGCAACCAAAAAGUCCAUCAAGUUCUGGGUAUCGCGGCUGGUGAGGACGAGAGAGAAGCACAUGUCCAAUCGGCCGUUUGGGAGUUUGGCAAGCUUGGAGGAGUACGCCGAGAAUACAUACUCGACCUUGAUGUAUGCGACAUUAGCGUCUCUUCCAUUGCGCUCGAUGAAUGUCGACCACCUUGCGAGCCAUAUUGGAAAGGCAUGCGGCGUCGUGGCCGUUCUGCGUGGAAUUCCCGUCCUGGCAGCACCACCCCCUCCGGUGAAUACACCAUCCGGACAAGCUCCCCCCUCACGCGAACCGGCCCUACUUCUUCCGCUGGAUGCAAUGGCUCAGGCGGGGGUCAAGGAGGAGGAAGUCUUUCGACAAGGUCCCAAUGCGCCCGGCCUUCAAGACGCAGUCUUCCAGGUUGCUACGAGGGCCAAUGAUCAUCUGAUCACAGCGCGCGAGAUGCUCAAGAGGUUAAAGGCUGGCGAGGACCCAGGCCAUGAGUUUGAGCAUCACGGAGAGGGUGAACACUUUUACGAGGAGGAGAGUGACACAAUAAAGGAGAUACGCCAGGGCUUUGGCGUGCUUCUGGAGGCUAUACCAGCAGCUCAGUAUCUGGAAAGGCUAGAACAAGCUGAUUUCGAUCCGUUUGCGGUCAAGACGGCGGGGUGGAAGCUGCCUUGGAACAUAUGGCAGGCCUUGUCCAAGGAACGGAUCUAG